ACCGGUCAGUCUGUAAUCGCACGUUGUGGGAGACACGAUAGUUGUGUUGUGUCGGGUAAUUUAACUUGUAUGUAACUUGAUUCAUUUUAUUUCUGGUCCAGACUUGAUCGUGGACAUUCGAACAAGUGGGAGAUCACUACCUUCUUUUACAUACAUUCAUUUACAACCAGUUACAACUCGAGAUUUAUUUUAUCCACUUCUAUUUAUUUAAAUCGCUUAUUUUAUUUAUUAUUUAAAUAUUUAUCAUCUUCACUUUCAUUUCAAUUAAAUUGUUAUUAAUUUUUCUUCCUUGAGCAGCAAAUUGAACAAAAAUCAUGCAAUUGAUACUGCGAUUUGCGACGUGGCUUUCAGCCAAGCUGUUGGUUCUUUUGAGGCCACUUUUUUGGUACCGCGAUUGCAUAAAACCGGCAAGUAUUCCGCCGUCUACAGACUCAUUGUUUGAUCUCACUGCUUGCGAAUUGGCUAAAAAAAUAAGAUUAGGACAAAUAUCAAGUGAAUCCGUAAUAGAAGCGUACAUCGAGAGAAUAAAAGAAGUAAACCCUUAUCUUAACGCGGUAGUAGAUGACCGAUUUGAAGAUGCUUUACGCGAAGCCCGACACUGUGACAAAAUGCUGGAGGCGGGGGUUGUUACACCAAUGCAGCUUCAAUUGGAAAAACCUUUCUACGGUGUCCCAUUCACUGUUAAAGAAAGCUGCGGACUCAAAGGGCUUAGUUACACGGGGUGUACUUUAGUGCGUUCCGGAAUCAAGGCCGAUGACGACAGUCUUAUUGUCAAAAGUAUGCGCAAGGCUGGCGCUAUUCCUCUUUGUGCUACGAAUACGCCGGAAUUGUGUUCUGGAUUUGAGUGUACCAAUCCACUUUAUGGUCUAACUGUUAAUCCUUAUGAUGGAAGACAUUCUGCUGGAGGAUCUUCUGGUGGCGAGGGUGCCUUAUUGGGUGCUGGAGCGUCUGUUAUUGGUGUGGGAUCAGAUAUUGGUGGAUCAAUAAGAAUACCUGCGCAAUUUAAUGGUAUUUUUGGACACAAACCAACUCCUGGAAUAAUUUCAAUUGACGGACACUUUCCAAUGGAGGAUUGUGAUGAAUUUCGACAUUAUUUAACACUAGGUCCAAUGACCAGAUUUGCAGAAGAUCUUCAUAUGGCUGUAAAAGUAAUGUCUGUGGGCUGUAAGACAAAUUUACGCCUUGAUGAACCGGUAAAUAUAUCAAAACUCAAUGUUUACUACUUGGAAGACAUCGAAAACAAUUAUGGUAUUCCUCCUGUUGAUGAAGACAUCAGAAAGUCGAUUCGAGAUGCUGCUAAGCAUUUUGAAAGUUGUGGUGCAAAAAUUACCAAGCCUGUAAUUGAAGAGUUAAGCGAUGCAUGUGAGAUUGGAAUAACGAAACUUUUUUCAAUGAGUGUAAUACCACCAAUUUUGAUGCAUCCCACUGAUCCCAAAGGAAAAGUAAAUCCAUUUUUGGAAUUGUUAAAAGCAGCAAUAGGCUGUUCAUCGUAUUCUAAAUCUGCGAUAUUUAUGGCCAUGGUUAAAGAAAUCCAUGGAUUUGUUCCUGAAUCUCAAUUUCCAACGUAUGAAGAAAAGUUCAAAGAAUUGCAAAAGAAACUUUUGGAAAUUUUAGAUGAAAAUUCCGUACUAUUCUUCCCAACAUUCAUAAGUCCAGCCCCACCAGUAGGCCAAUGCGUUUUUCUAACAAUCUCGGGUGUAUUUAGCGUUCUUUGCAAUAUUUUUGGGCUACCAGCGACUCAAGUACCAAUGGGAUUAAAUAAACAGGGCUUACCAAUAGGAUUUCAGGUGAUUGCAGCACCUCAUCAAGACAGACUCGGCUUAGCAGUAGCGAAAGAAUUGGAAAAAGCGUUUGGUGGCUGGAUUCCACCAACAAACGUCUAGUUUAAAAUCAAUUAUUUGUAAUUAUUAUUAUGGAGAUUUAUUUUGUAAUAUUUGUACAAAUAUAUAAAAGCAUUAAUAUGCAAAA